AUGAAGGCAUUCACCAUUCUCACUGCCCUCCUGGGCACAGCUCUCGCCGCUCCCCGGGGCUUCACACACGUCCAGCCCAUUCAGAAGUCGGUCGAGAACAAGUAUACCACCGUCAAGGAAAGUUCCAAGGUCGUCGUCGAGGAGAAGAACACACUCAAUGGCACCGCUACCAACUCCCGCACCGGGAACUCCAGGGUCUUCAGCAUCAACUCCAACAAAGUCAGCACCCAGGCCGUCCAACAGUCUAUCCCCCUGAAGCUCGUCAACAACCUUGAUGGCGACGCAGUCAACUGCUACAUUUCUGGUCUCGACUCUGAUGGCAAGGUUGUCUUCCUUGGCUCCGCCGGCAACCUCAUCUACCCCAGCGCCGGCGGUUCUGCAGUCCCUGUUACCAUUGCUGAGGACAUCGCCAUCCCCAUGCCAGCCAAGGGCCAGACCUUUGAGAUCACUCUCCCCAUCGCCAUGGCUUCCGGUCGUGUCUACUUCGCUCAGGGUGAGCUCGAAUUCUUCAUGGUUAAGACUGCCACCGGUGACGGUCUCGUCCAGCCUUCCAACACCAACCUCGAGGAUCCCAGCCGCAACAUCAACUGGGGCUUCGUCGAACUGACGCUGACCACUGACGGUGUCAUCUGGGCCAACAUCUCCUAUGUCGACUUCGUCGGCCUCAUCCUGUCCAUGACUCUGAGAACCAAGGACAACAACACCCAGGAGGUCAUCGGUCUUCCCGGCAAUGCUGUUACCACUGUCUGCGAAAAGCUCCUCGCCCAGGGUGAAAAAGACGGUCUUCCGUGGGGUGCCAUGUGCAUCGCUGGCACCGACGGCAAGCCUCUCCGUGUUCUCUCCCCCGAGGACUACGGUGACGUCGCUGGCGAGGGCUGGGAAGACUACUGGACUGAGUACGUUGACAAGGUCUGGGCGAAGUACAGCACAGAGACUCUCACUAUUAAGACCCAGGCAGUCGGUGAUGUCGCUUGCAAGGUCACUGACAACAAGCUUACUUGCGAUGGUGACAACCGCGCCUACCCCAAGCCUGACCACCUCGACAUCUGGGGCUGCAACUCUGGUCCCUUUGGUAUCCAGGCUGGGGACAACCCCGUCCACGUUGCUGUCGUGCCUCGUCUCUGUGCCGCUUUUGUCCGCAGCACCCUUCUUCUCGAUGGUGGCAACAUCACUCCUGACCUGCCCGAUACCAGCUACUACACUGUGAGCCCAACCAGCCACUACAGUCGCAUCAUCCACGAGGAGGAAGUUGACGGCAGGGGCUAUGCCUUCCCCUAUGACGAUGUCAACCCCACCGGCUCUGAGGAUGCCGCCGGCCUCGUCUCGUCUGGCAACUACGAGUCGCUGACCUUCUACAUUGGUGGAAAGCAAUAG